CAAUUGUCAACAAAAACAAUCAAUAGACGCCGCAUAGAAAUAGGUUACAAAGGUUUAAUGUAAAAAAGAUAUUAUAUUUAAAACUACACCGUAGAAUAAUAAAUAUUAAAUAAGUGUAAUAAUGUCGGACGUCGAGGAACCAGCAGCAAAAAUAUCGAAAGUAGACACUUCAGAGCCUGGUGUUGAAGAGGAAUUAGAUGAAGGUCAUGAGGAAUGGCUCAGUGAAGGAUUGCUUACGGAUGAUGAUGGUAACACUAUGCAAGAAGAAAGGCUAGAUAACACGGCAAGCCACGACAGUACACUGUCGAGCUUGGACGCGGAGCACGCGGCUGAUGAUGAAGCACAGAAUCAGACAGAGGAUAUUGAACAGGCACUCGAUGAUAUGGAGAAUAAUGUGGCGGAACAAGACGGCACGGAAGCGUUCCUCGUGCGGAAGGCGGGUAGUGAAGAAACGAAAGUGGAGAGCGAAUUGGACGAGUCAGUGCGACAAUCGGAUGACGAUGGGCAUGAUACUGAUGAGUUAUUGAGAAUGCUCGGAGAAGACGAUCACAACGGUAAAAUAAAAGCGGUGAAGAAGAAAUUCGAGAAUCUAAAAAAGGACGAAUCCAGCGAUGAUGAUGAUGAUGAACAUAUGUUCCGUGGAGCGAAUGUAAGAAAACUGAAAGUGGCCAAAAAUGUUCUGAUGAAGAAGCCGGCCAUAAAAGCGGAGCCCGAAGAUAUGAGCGACGUGGAUAGCUUUAUGUCGUCGGACGAAGCGACGACAGUGAAGAAGAUAUUCGGUGUGAAGAGGCAUAACAAUGUCGCCUCGAAGAGCACGACGAAAUCGGGCGUCAUCAGACCGACGAUAACCGUCACCAAGAAAGUCGUCACCGUCGAUAGGUCUGGAGACAAGCCAGAAUUGAAGAGCAUAAAGCAAGAGGAACCGGAGACCCACGUGAAAACUGAAGACGUGGAGCAGUUCUACGAGGAGUUCCUCGAGGAGGACUUUGAUGAGGAGUCUGUAAUGGAAGCGAUAAAGGAAAACAAGCAGGACAUCAUGAAACCGGAGGUGAUGGACGAGGAGGUGCCUUCGGAUUGCGAUUCCAACUCGGACGAAGACUCCUUGUAUGAUGACUUCCCAUCAUCGGACUCGGAUGACAUGGAGGAGUGGUUCACGUUGGAUAUAAGAGACGAGAGGGCUGGUGAUUAUAUACCGCUAUUAGGUCAUAAAGCUCACAAAUUACUCACAGAGGAGAAGGAGAAGGUCGCAGCGCGGAUAGCGAACCUUCGAGAGAGUUUAUCAGCGCUGACUCACAGCGGGAAGCAGCAGGCUGAACAGCUGAGAAAAGCGACUGCAACGCUGGCUGAAUUGGACGCUACUUUGAAGGCCUCUUGAUUAAAUUUAUAUGAAUAGA